AUGUCUGACAACAAUAACAAUAAUGAACAAAAUGGUCAGGAGAGCAAUAACUACGUUGAGCCCACAUCUAUUCCUGAUAGUAUCAUUCAUAACAAUCAAUCUGAAGUGAAUAAUGUUACUAAUAUCCCAGAUACAACGAAUCAAUCGAUUGAUACUAAAAUUUUGGAAGAUCUAAACUCAGGAUUGAGAAGAUCCAGUCGUGUACCAAAACCAAGAACUGAUCUUACCGCAGAUUUAGAAGAUGAAUAUAAGAAGAGAUCAUAUAAGAAGAGAGUUAAACCAAAGCCAAAGAAGAAAAUUAACGCUAAGGAUAAAAAGAAGAAAGUCACUAAACCGUCUAAAAAAUUAAAGAAAUCUAUAUCAACUAAGAAAACUGCUAUUGGAAAGAAAAUAACUAAGAAGGAUGAGAAAGCAAUUAAAGGUAAAGGAAAACCAGCAAUUGAAACACAGGAACCUUCCCUUACUGAUGCAAAUUGGGCACCAUGCUCCCCUUUAUUGACUACUGAUUUCAAGGCUCAACAAAGUGUAAGUUCAAGGUUAAAGAACCCAAAUAUGAAACCAGUUCCAUAUGCUGGUGAUAUUAUGAAAAUCAUGACCUUUAUUAACAAAUUCUAUUCUUUAUUUGAUCAAGAUCUUUUAAAUUUAUCAUUCCAAGAUUUUGAAGUCGGUCUUGAUUUGUACUCUGGCAAUGCUAAGGAAUCUGCUGAUGGAAUGUAUUCUGAGGAGAAAGGUCGUAUAGUUUAUUAUCAAGACUAUAUAUUGGUCAAGGAAGUCAUUCAAGCUCAAGAUAAGAUGAAUUUACUGUUCUUAACUCUUUUGCAAAUGUUAACCGUCGAUCCAAAGAAAUAUGAUGCACCAGCUUUAGCAGAUUUAAGAGGGAAAAACUUGUAUAGACCAUUCAUUGAACAAGUUAGGAAGAAUGCAACUGAAUGGGGGUACCCAAAGGAAUGGAGAUCUAGUAACGUCAUUUCUAAUACAGUUGGUGAAGGGAAGUUCCCAUUGUUUCCUCACAAUGAAACUGUACCAGUAGUGGACCCUAUACAUCCAGAAAUACUAACACCGAAUGUCUAUACAUAUAUUGGUAACGCUUUACCACAACCGGAAGUAGACCCUUUACAAACUCGUGAUAUUGAGGAUGAAGGUGUAUUAGGUUUAGCAACUAAUGAUAGAAUCAUAUUUUUAAGGACUUUAGUCAAUUGGUGUUCAGUUCAAUCUUUGCUCGUACAUCAUGAAAUCUAUCAAUUAUCUCAUUUUAAGAGAGAAACUCCGUUUGGAAUUCAAACCCAACAUGUUCCAAGAUAUUACCUUGAUGGUCCUGAAGUGACUUAUAAUUAUUUUAGAAAACUUUGUACGGUCAUUCAAACUCGUUAUGAAAUUCGUUCCAAAAAGAAACAUUAUCGUAAACAAAUAAAUGAUGGUAAAAAUCCAGAGUUAAGUGAGAAAUUGAAACUAUUAGAGGAGAUAAAACAAGAGUUAAAUAAUGUUGAAAAAUCAGAGAGACCUGAACUGAUUGUCUCGUUAUAUUCUAAAUGGAAAAGGUUAUUUGAGGGUGAAUUGAGCGAUAAUCCAUUAUCUAAUCCUUUUGAUGAUCCAAUCUAUACACUAAGAUCUCAAGAAUUUUUCAUUGGUAGAGUACCUUAUAUGGGUGACUUCUAUUUACCAAGACUUCACAGUUAUGGUGAUACGAUUAACAUGAGUACAUAUACUGAUCUCAGAAAAUUACAAAAGCUAGUAUCCAAGUUCAAGAAUAAAGAGUACACAGUAUUGAAUUUGUUUGAAGAGUAUGGUCAAACUUUAAGUUCCCAAUUUAAAGUAUUGUAUCAUGAUACUCCGUCAUUAAUUCAUGAUAUUUCUAAAAAUAAAAGUAUGGAUGAUAAAUGCUAUUGGUAUGAAAUGUGUGACGAUACAGAAUCUUUAAGACAAUUUUUGGACUUUCUAGAUUUUAAAAUUGUUAGACCACCUCCAAAGGAAAAGAAAAACGAUGAACCUGCAACUCAAACAGCAUCUGAUCCAUAUGGAGCCAAGGAUAAUACUUCCACCGAUGGUGGUAUCGUGGAGGGUACAACAGCGAUUUCAUCAACAGAUUCAGAGAGCACAAGGGUUGAGAUUGCUCCCCUACCGGUUAAAAAUGAAGUUAAACCUAGCCCAAAGAUCCAUAAUAGAAAAUUAGAAAAUAGUAACAUUAAUACAAACCCGUUACCAAGGGAUCAACGUUAUAAUACUGCUAGAAAUAAGUUAAAAAUUUUGAAAGAAUAUUUAUCAGAUUUUUACUUUAUUUUGUGUACCUUUGAACAAUUAAAGAAAGAGUAUUCUAAUAUGCAACCUGGUAGACGACAAUUAAGAGAUAUGAAGAGAAAUAUAAUUAAUUAUAAUAUUGACUACGAUAGUGAUGAUAUGAUAGAAUAG